AUGGAGCUGGGCCACCGAGCAGGUUCAACCGCUUUGACCAGGGCCCAUCUGAACAAGGAAGGCCAGCAGGACACGGACCCCAGGAGAACUGCCCACAGCCCCCUGGACACCUCCAAGUUCCAGUACCAGGCCCCCGUCCCCCCGCAGCCGCCCCUGCACCAGGGAGAAAGCCCCCUGGGGCAGGCCCACAUGGAGGGGAUCUGGCCUCCGCCCCCCUCAGCUGCCAGCAGGGCCACCUCUGGGAUGGACUCGCGGCCUGGCUCAGUGAAGAAGGGGGGUGACAGACCCUCCUCGAGGGAGAGCAGGGCCAUUUUCCAAGACGGGGCUCAGCUGUGCCAGGGGCUGAAGGAAGGCCCCAACUCGGGGGCCGAGGGCCAGAGGAACAGCGUCAUUCCUCACAACAUUCGCCACAAGUUUGGGAGCAGCGUGGUGGACCAGCUGGUCUCCGAGGAGCAGGCUCGAAGGGCCGUGGAGGUCUUCGAGGGCCAGAGGAGGGCGAGCUCGUGGCCCAGCAGGACCCAGAGCCCCGUGGAAAUGGCCUCCAUCUUCUCCGACUACUACGAUCUGGGCUACAACAUGCGGUCCAACCUGUUUCAAGGGGCCACCGAGGAGAUGAAGAGCCUCAUGAAGGCCUCCUACACCCCAGAGGUGAUUGAGAAGUCAGUGAGGGACACGGAGCACUGGCAUGGCAGGAAGACGGAUGAUCUGGGACGGUGGCACCAGAAAAACGCUAUGAACAUGAACUUGCAGAAAGCACUGGAAGAGAAGUAUGGAGAAAAGAGCAAAAGCAAGAACUUGAAGUACUAG